AUGGGCAGAGGAUGCCAGAUGUAUGGCGUGAUUAUGGUAUCCUUACCUUUCCAUAGGCCUCUUCACACUACCCAUAGCACUCACGGGAAGAACCACGUCGGAACAAGGUCUCUGCUAUGGGUUUCCUUUUGUACACAGCGCUGGCUUUUUUCGGCCUGGCUGGGGGCAGAACCCUGGCCUCGGAGCUGGGCCUCGGGAGCAGAACCCUGGGCCUCGGGAGCAGAACCCUGGGCCUCGGACUCCCUCUCGGCGGACCUCCCCGGCCACCUCUUCGCCGCCCGGGACAACGACGUCCUCUCCGCCCUGACGUGGGCGACGCUCGACCUCAGCCACCUGCGUCAGGACUUCGACCACCUCUCGGCCGCCACGUCCUUCGGGUCCCUCAACGCCUCCUCGGUCUCCUCCCGCAGCCUAGGUCACUCGCGGCGGAGGAAGAGGAGGUCCCUGUCCUUCCAGAUCAAUCAUGAUAUUAACUCUCAGCUGGAGAUGAGAUUCAAAAUACCGCUCUUCGAAGUGAUAGAGCACACCUUCUUCAUGUUCGAGCUGCCCCUCACCUACCAAAUCGACAUCUGGCAGACGGGGAGCCGCGGCCACUCGAGGAACAGCGCCCGUGGGGAGGGGGGCUUGACCGAAGCUCUCUCCCAGAUCGAGGACGUGGUGUCGAUGCUGGGCGUUGACGGACGGGCGUGCGUGAAGAGGACCUUCUGCGAGCUGGCUGCCGGGACGCCGUUGCUCCGCCCACAGGGUCUCGCCGGGGAGAUGGUGCAGGUGUUGGUGGAUUACCUCGCGAAGUCCCAGCCCCCCGAGGACACCAACGAGGUCGACGUCGGCGCCAACGAGUACCUGCGGGCGAGCGUGAAGGGGCGCGCGGGAGGCCAGUGCUGGGAGGCCUUCCCCGAGUGCCCGAUGUCGCUCCUGAACCUCUUGAACCCUUGACUCUCUCUCGUCUCGAACUUCUCGUCUUCCUAAGGUCUCGAUCCGUUGGUGCAUUUUCUUAAUUCGUUUCUCUUUGAUGUGUUUGUAUCUUGGUCUUUAUUAGUGUAUUUUUUUGAUUU